UAUUCCAAAAUCUUUGUUGACAUUUUUUGAUAUUUUUUGUUUUUAAAACAAAUUUAAAUACGCUGUACGAAAGGUAUAAUGCCGUUUACGUCUCUGGUAUGUUUUAAGCGGUUUGUUUUUGUGUUAAUACUUGAAAAUAUCGAGUGUAAUUCGACCAUUUUUGGCCAUUGACGAAGGUCAUCGUGGAACCGCGACUUUCAAAUUUUGCUGGUAUGAUUGUGGUCAGGUUGUGAUCAAGUUGUGUUGUGAUGUUCUUAUAGAUAGUGUCUUCAAAAGUUUUUUUUACAUUUUCUUUUCCAUGCAAUGCAUCAUGCCGGCCAUGACUUUUAGUAACCAUUCUUGACUUUUUACAAUUUAUGGUUAAUGGUAGAACCAUCAUCUCAGCUGGUAUGAGAUUUUUAGGAUUCAAACAUUUGCAAAAGAACUGUUGCAGGAAUACUCUCAAAGGAAACUUGGGGGAAACAUCUUGCAGGAAUGGCUUGGACAAUAUUUCAAGCGAAGAAAUACCAUACAAAGAUGGUUUCGCGAACUGUAUUGAUGUUGUAACAUCUGGUAAACACCAUGUAACUCUUGGUGAUGUUCAUGUCUUUAUUCCAAUGGAUAACCUUAGUGGUCAUGUCCGCUCAGAUUUUAGCCUUGAAAUCAUAAACAAUGAUUCAUAUUCACCUGCAGUUAAUUCCACCCAGAUGAUUUGCAGUCCGAUUGUACAAAUCAAACCACAUGGGGCAAAAUUUUACCCUGAAGACCCAGCGAUAAUUUUCCUGCCAACAACAUCCUCGCCAGACAAGAAUGCAGCAAUUACAUGUCUAUGUAGCAAUACUAGUAUUGACGAGGAUCCACGAUGGGAACAGCUAAUUCCAAAUCAGUAUGAAGUUGUUGGUGGUAAUGUUGUUAAACUCAAAACAACUCAUUUUAGCUUUUAUACUGCGGUUGUGAAUGCAUGCUACCCUGAGGCAUCGAAAAUGAUUUUUGCAGGGGUGGGAGGAACUCUUGAGAUUCCUGAAGUCCCUGGUGUAAAAGUAACCUUCCCUGGGUCGGCCAUGAAAUACGAUAUUCAUGCGACUGUCAAGGUUAUGUACGCUGAUGGACCAUAUGACAUUGAUCACGAUGAUCCAACCAGUUGUGCUUUGGCUGCACCUGUUGUUAAACUUGGGCCGACAGGACAUGAGUUCAACCCUGAUAGCAUUGAGCCAGUUGAAGUUCAACUUCCAUUGCCACAUGGUAAAGAAAUCAAAGAAAACUGUGGGCGACCCCAUUUGACAUUUUGGCAGAGUUCCACUGCGGAGGGCCAGCUGUUAGAGUGGAAACCAUUUGCGCCAAAUUAUAGAAUAUUCGAAUCUCCAGAUCAUCAUUUGUACGUGUCAUUCCCGGUCAAACACUUUACAUUCUUUAAAGUUUUGUGGAGUGUUCUAGAUUCGGCAAUACACGAGGCAAAGAUAGGAGCUUCGUUCUUUUAUCCAAAUUUUGAAUUCUGUGUCAGUUUUCAGGCAUUUAUGUCUGAACAUAGUGGGGAUGAGUCAUUUGGACUUUGUUGUCUCUGUUACAAAAAGGAUAUGGAAGCUGAAAGUAUCGGCAAUUACCCGGUUUUUGUUGGAAGCAGUGGUCUAAGAAUGGUGAAAAGUGGUUUGCUCCAAAUCAGAAUUGUUUCAAAUUUGUUCGAAGGAAAUGCUGAUUUUGGUGAAGAGACGUUGACGCAACGAGAAUUUUUCACCGGACGUCCAUUUAACAAACAAUUUGCUUGCAAAUUUGUUUGCCCAAGAACUCCUGAGAUGAACACGGUUGGAAAAAUUUUCAUUGAAAGAGUUCUUGAUAACAGCGAAGUGGAAAUCCUGUUUGAUUUUGUGCUGACAAAACCUCCAUCAAGUCAAGCAAGAACCCAAUCUUCAAACAAUGGUCUAAACAGGACACAUGCUGUGGUGAACCAGCAAAUGAACUGGGAGAGUCAGCUCAGUCAAGAACUGGCAAAUAUUCUCAGUAUAAAAUCAGAACAGGACUUGGGUGAUGGUGUUUGGGAGGAUAUUGCUCGUGCCCUGGGCUACACUUCUCUCGAGAUUGACAUGAAGUUCAAGGAUCAGGAUGAUCCCUUUACCAAAUUGCGGGAUGACUACAAGAAACGGGGCGGGAAUGCCAACGAUUUCAUCGCCGCAAUGUACAGCGUUGGUCGAAGUGCAAAUGUCAAUAGUUUUGGUAGUGUUGAGCGACGGUUGCUGGAUGAGUUACCUUCGUCCAGCCAAAGAAAUGUAGAAGAUGAUAUGAUCGGAUAUGCUGGUUCAAUUUCUCCAAGUCGUACAUCUUCAUCGAGUGGCGUCGUUCUGCCGACGUCCCCGUCCAACAAUCGGAAACGACGACAUACGGAUGUUCCCGAGGGCCCGAUCCCAAACGCGAAGCUUGACGAAGUGGCUAAACGCGUGCAGGAAAAAUGGAAGAAACUGGGUCGAACGCUAGAACUGCGAGAAGACCAGCUCACGGAGAUUGAACAUGAUUUCAAAAACGGUGGAAUACAAGAACAGGCUUAUCAAAUGCUUCGGAUAUGGCAAGAAAGUUAUCCUGACAAGGGAUACGAAUCGCUGAUUCAAGGCCUUGGGAAACUCGGAUAUAACACAGUAGCCAGAGAGCUAUAUUCCACCUCAUAAAGAACGAAACAAGAAAUCUAUCGUUAACAAAUGGAUGGAUAUUGACCGCAAAGUGAAAGGCUAAAGGCACUUUCUCGAUGUAAGAUAUUAGUUCACAGUGAUGUGUUAGUUCAAACUUACCUUAGAUUCACAAGCGUGCAGCUAACAUUUCUAUAUUUUGACGGCUGCGAAGCACCCGUUCCCAGAAACACAACACUAAAAUCUUUAUCCAUAUCAUGAAAU